AUGUCAGACAAGCACUUCUUCCCCGAAACCGCAGCGAACACCCUGGUCCCUCGCUAUCUCCGUUCAUUAACGGCCUCAAACCUCCAUCUCGCAUUGAUAGAGUCGGAGCGCGUAGUCUACGACCCGCACCACAACCCUUCCACCGUAUCAAUCAUCAGCGGCGGAGGCUCAGGUCACGAGCCAGGAUGGUCGGGAUACGUGGGCAGUGGCGCGCUCUCCGGUGCAGCCUGCGGUGAUAUCUUUGCCUCACCCAGCACCAAACAGGUUCUCGCAGCAAUCGAGGCCACCCCGUCUGAGCAAGGUCACAUAUUGAUGAUUACUAAUUAUACCGGCGACAAGCUUCACUUCGGGCUCGCAGCUGAGAGAGCCAAGGUGCAAGGAUUGUCAAAGAAAGUGGCUAUGAUUCAUCUAGCGGAUGAUGUGAGUAUCGGGAGGAGUCGGUGUGGUGCUGUGGGAAGGAGAGGAAUGCCGGGGCACAUUGUUCCCAUGAAAAUCACGGGCGCUGCAGCUGCCAGGAAGUACGAGUUCGAGAGGACCGUGAAGUUGGGAAGGAGCGUCAACUCCCAGGUCGUCUCGAUUGGAUCUGCUCUAGAUCACUGUCAUGUGCCAGGUCGUCAGGGUAAUGAGACGAUCCCCAAUGACGUUGCUAUCGUGGGCGCUGGUAUUCACAAUGAGCCUGGCGCCCAGAGACUCUCGCCCUUUCCCCAGGUGGAUGAGCUCAUCCAGUACUGCCUCAAGCUUCUUUGCGAUCCAGAGGACAAGGAGCGAUACUUCGUCACAUUCGAGAAGGGAGACUCGACCGUGCUUGUGAUCAAUAAUUAUGGCGGCAUGUCGAACCUCGAACUUGGAGCUCUCACAGAUGAGACAAUUACACAACUCGCCUCAAAGUGGGACAUCAAGCCCGUCAGGAUACUCACGGGCGCCUUCGAGACUUCUCUCAACGCGCCCGGAUUUUCUAUCUCACUAUGCAACCUCUCUGCCGCCUCGAGGGAAUCAGAUACAUCCGUAGACGAGCUCCUGGAACUUUUGGAUGCACCAACAACAGCUGUUGGAUGGCCGAAUUUGACUGCACCUAACCCACAUCAGAACGGGGCCAGGCAAAAGCAACUCUCUCAAACCAAAGGCAAGAUCAAGUCCAAUGACGGUACAGAUAUCACAUUGGAUCCUAAGCUGCUAGACACCGUGAUCCGGUCCGCGUGCGAGGCAGCAAUUGCUGCAGAGCCCAAUUUGACUAAAUUGGAUACGAUCAUGGGAGAUGGAGAUUGCGGCGAAGCUGUCAAGGGAGUCUCUGAGUCCGUGGUAAAAAUCCUCAACACCAAUGGAGCAGGCAAGGGCUCAGUGCUAGACUUCCUUAACGCGACAACGGACGCAGUAGACGACAUGGGUGGGACCCUGGGCGCUAUCCUGGGAAUCCUCCUCUCCGCCUUCGCAUCCGCCCUUAAGGAGCAAUCUACCUCCGCUGGGAACUCGGAAAAAUUCGCAGCAGCUUUGGAACAAGCUGUCGCAGCCUUGAAGACCCACACUAGUGCGAGAGAGGGCGAUCGUACGGUGAUGGACGUGUUGCUCCCCUUUACUGAUGAGUUUGCACGGUCGAAGGAUUUCCACCAGGCUGUGGGCGUUGCAAAGGAGAAGGCUGAGGCUACGAAAUUCCUCAAGGCCAAGUUCGGACGGGCUACGUAUGUUGCAGAGGCGCAGGGGCAGGAGCUGCCGGAUCCGGGGGCCUGGGCUUUGUAUGAGUGGUUGGAUGGAAUGUCGAGGGCUGUCAAGACAUUUUAG